UCCCAAGCAAAGACGAAAUUAAACAUUAUUACAUUUACAUUUUCCACCAAAUCAAUCUCUAACAGCACCUACACACCUACUCAAAUUCAGCAAUGAGAGUUGUUGAGAAUGAUGAUGCAUCAUCGUUCAUUGACCCCUCUGCUGACAAUUUUCCAUCUCCGGAACAAGCUCAACCGCCACCAUAUGCUGCCUCUCCUUUUCCCACGAGGUGGUUGUUCAACCAUGGCGGUCUCACCUGGAACCCUGUUACGGAGAUGGAGACCGCCGAUAAUGAUGCUGCUGCUGCGGCGGCGUUGACGGAGUCGGAAAUGAGUGAAGAAGGUGAGACGACUAGUGUUGUCCAUCAUCUACAAACAGAUUCUCAUAAUCACUCUGUUAAUACAGAGUGCAAUUUGGUGUUGGAUAUGGCGGGAGGAAUGAUGAUGAGCCCCCCAGGGCCAGGGAUAGGGAUGAACUUUUCUGGUGAAGAAGCGUUGUUCCUAAGCCCCAAUUUCCACGCCGACAUGGGGGGAGGAAUGAUGAUGAGUAUGAGCCCACCAUGGAUUAACUACUUUUCCCUGCCGUCCGGUGAUUCCAUGGGAAAUUUCGAUCCAUUUAGAUUGUGUGAUUUUGCAGAUCAUAGUGAGGUUCAAGAGUUGGAGAAUAGGAAUGGAAUGAUGAUGCGGCCAACUUGGAAGCAGCAGCCAUGUAUAGAAGAGGUUGAUGCUGCUAGUGCCAGUGCCUUGGGACAGAAUCAAAGCCUUGGAAUUUGGUCAGCAGCACUUGAAGAAGAAGCAGAAAACAUGGGAGGGAUGGUGCAACCACAAACAAGUGAUGAUCACUCUGUUAAUAAUGUAGAUGCGUGGUUCCAAUUGGCGGGACUGAGUUCGCAAACGAUGAUCAACUAUUCAUUGCCGUCCGAUGAUUCCGGUUCCCUAGGAGGAAAUAAGCCAGGCCUACCGGGCGUGACACCCUGUUUGAUCAUCGUGGAAUGGCUGUAUAAGAAAAUUGUUAUACAUUCGCAAUCAAUUGAGCUAAAAAUCUGGGGCUGUAUAAUGGGAUGGAUCUCACUUAGUCAACGGUUGUGGUUUGAAUGCUGCUCAAAUCCCCAUCUUUGGCGUUUGGUUUUAGGGUUUCUGGAUGUGGUAGUAACCCUGCUGUUGCAUAUAGAGACAAACAAUUAUUCCUUUGGCAAUUCUGUAACUGAUGAUCGCUCCUCCUCGUCCCUUAAUGCAAAGAUGCUAAGGUUGCUCUAUCUGAAUGGUUUGGACAGGCAGUUCUUAGACCACUUUGAUAGGCUUGUUCAGACAGGGGUUUUAGAGUUACCGAGUGGGGAAGAAAUCAAGCUGCCGUAUUUACAAGAAGAAGAAGAAGUUGGUACUGCCUCCCAAAAGAAUCAUAGUGUUAGCAUUUUGCCAGAGAUGCUUGAACCAAAAUGCUGGAUGAUGCAACUGGACUCACCAUGUGAAUUCCAUAUUCCCAAAUCCAGUGCAACAAAUGAAGAAAGAAACGUUGUUGUUGGGUUAAAAAGAACUGAUGCCAUUGGAAAAAGCUGGAAGAGAAAAGGCUUCUUUUGGUGGCUGAAAGAUCAUGGGAUUUCCCACAAGAUUCUUGAAUCACUGUUUGUUCGCCGAUCUACAUUCAAGCAAGCACAUCGGGACUUUGGCAUCACUAGACGUUCUUUAGAAGAAGUUGGUACUGCCUCGGAAGAGAAUCAUACUGCUGACAUUUGGCCUGCACUUGAAGCAGAAUAUAAUGCUGCAAGGAGGGGAGGGAUGCUGCUGGAACAGGAGGACUCAUCUUCUGAAGCCCACAUUCCUGAAUCUAAUGCAACAAAUGAAGAAAGAAAUAAUAGCAUUGAUGCCAAAGGUGGAAACAGUAGUUCACAGAAAACCGACACUAUCAGCAGGUGGGAGAAAAAUCAUGGAAUUACCCUCCCAGUUCUUGAACAACUGUUUGGUAAGAGUCGCGAUAAUGCUGCUAAAACUCUUAAAGUUAGCUCAUCUACAUUGAAGCGAGCAUGUCGGGACUUUGGCAUCAAUAGAUGGCCAAAUCACAAAGGAAAAAUGCCCAAUUGCUCUCUCAACCAAAUACAAUAUGUACAAGCUGUUAAGAAAUGUAAAGGAAUUCAACCAUGUCCUGCUCUGCCUCCUCUACAAGCCACAAAUACAAGCCAAUGUAACAGUACAAUGUCUGUCAAGGUAACCUAUAAAAAUGAUACCAUAAGGUUUCCACUCUCAUCCUCCUCAACUUUGAAAUAUUUGGAGGAGCAAUUGGAAUCAAAGUUCAAAAUAUCACUAGAAAAUAUGUCUAUCAAGUAUCAAGAUGAGGAAGAUGAGUGGAUUACCCUGAUGUGUGAUUCGGGAUUGAUGCACGGUUUGGAUGUGUUGAGAUCAUGUGGCAAGACUAUAAUCAGAAUGAUGGUCACCCCAAAACUUGACUAUCCGUGGAUGGAGGACUAUAUUUUGCCCCUUUAAUUUCCUUCUCCCCUAACCUACUUGCAUUUCUUCCUUUUGGUGUUGGAACCAUUCUAGGUUUGUUUAGUAACUGGUUUUAUAUAUUUUCUUCCCUUUGUACUCUUUGUAAUGUGAUAUGUACAAUAUAACAUACUCUUGUUACUGAUUACUUAUUUUACUAGACUACUUUGCACUUA